UAAGAUAAUAAGAACAGGAAUCCCUGCCUAUUUCAGUAUCAUGGAAUCCUCGAUCUUCUCCUGCUCUUCCUCCUCCGGUCUUCGCUGCGCUCGUCCAGGUUCUGUGAUAGUUUAUAGAAACCAUGUCACGUGUCAUCAUUUUCACGACUCAACUGGUUUGGCUUCUAGAGGGAACAUGAAACUGAUUUUAGGUCAAACAUCCAUCUUUUCCCAGAAACAAAAGAAUCAGAAGGUUCUAUUGUAUCAAAAGAAAGAAGCUCCAAUUCUAGCUGAAAGCAGGUCCAUUGAAAAGGUAUAUGAAUCCUUGGCCGAAAGACUUAGUUCAUCUCUUGGAAAGGUUCAAGGGCUAAAUUCAAAGUAUAUUGUUGGUUUAGCUGGUCCUCCUGGUGCUGGUAAGACCACUCUAGCCUCAGAAGUAGCUUGCCGCUUAAACAAACUUUGGUCCAAGAGUGUUGAAAUAUGUGAGGCUUCACCUCAUGAAGUUGCUGUCGUUCUUCCUAUGGAUGGAUUUCAUCUCUAUCGCUCCCAGCUGGAUGCUAUGGACAAUCCUAAGGAAGCGCAUGCACGAAGAGGAGCACCAUGGACAUUCAACCCAGAGCUGCUUUUUAAAUGCCUUCAUGCUUUACGGAAGGAGGGACAAACAUAUGCUCCUUCAUUUGAUCAUGGAGUUGGUGAUCCGGUAGAAGACGAUGUAUUCGUAAGACCCGAACACAAAAUAGUGAUCGUUGAAGGGAAUUACUUAUUCUUGGAAGAAGGAAUGUGGCAGGAUAUUUGUUCCAUAUUUGAUGAGAAAUGGUUUAUUGACAUUGACAUUGAUGUAUCUAUGAAACGGGUCCUUAAAAGGCAUAUCUCUACAGGAAAAGAGCCAGAUGUUGCUAAAUGGCGGAUUGAGUAUAAUGAUCGGCCAAAUGCAGAGCUCAUAAUGCGAUCAAAGAAAAAUGCAGAUCUUGUAAUAAGGUCAGUGGAUUUCUGAUGCAAGUUUUUUUAUGUAUUUAUCACAAUAAAAUAAAGCAAAUAUGAUAGGAAUUUCUGUCAAAUUUUCCUGUGUGUUGAUUGCAUUUAUCUGUAAUCAUAAAUUUGUGUUAAGUUUUUUUUUCCCUUUUUUUUCUACAUAUAUAUUUUUAUGUAUAUAUAUUAAUAUAUACAAUCUCCAGAAAUGCUAGUGUUAAGUUUU